GAGGAAUUCACCCAUACCUUUAAAGUUAAGAGGAAUCUAGUUGAUUCUUUCCCCGUUGAGCUCCCGCUCCGGUCCGCUAGGUGGCGCUUAUAUGACUCUCAGUUAGUUUUCCCGCAAAGGAAGACGAAGAAGGUCCACUUCCGGCAUAAACAAGGACAUGUGUUAAGUAAUUAUCCUUGUGAAUGUUGGCGUUUGCCUCUCACCUGUAACGUCUUUAGUUUGUUCGAAACAGUACACCUGUUUCAUUUAAACGUAUACUAUAAGCUUUACAUUUGCGUUCUUCGACCUCAUGGCGGCUUCAGCUCAUGUCUCCAGAGUCCGCUCAAUGUACAAGAGGAUUCUGGUCCUGCAUCGGUUCCUGCCCAUAGAUUUAAAAGCCCUGGGUGACCAGUAUGUCAAAGACGAGUUCAGGAGGCAUAAAACGGCAUCACCCGAGGCGGUCAAGAGCUUCAUGGCAGAGUGGGAGAACUACAAGGACACCCUGCAGGCUCAGGUGCUGGAGACAGCAGGGGAGCAACUCGGCACAAUCAAGUUCGGGACCGACCUGGCGGAGGGGAAACUCAACGACUUCCAGGGGGAUCAGAUAGGCCAACUGUACGAACUCAUGCUGGAAUCCACCAAACCCAACAGACAGUUUAACAUCCAGGAGGACAUAAAGUGAAGCAGCAGGCUGCAGAAAUAUUCUCGGACAAACAGCAAAGGUUCUCUGAUGUGUUCAGAGCACUAAUGUAUUACUUCUAAAUGCUUCAGAUGAACAGUGGUACUUAAAGCCUGAGUGGAGGCUUUUAACGAUAUUUGAUUAUAUUAAAGUGCUGUGUAAUAUC